AUGUUUAUUCAUCAUAAUGAUUCUCAAUCUACAUUCGAUCAAUUUGGUAUUGAUCGUUCAAUAGUUUGUGUACUUAAGUAUGCACCUUAUUAUUUAUGUUUUACAUAUAUUUGUUUUCGAUUAACAUAUCUUUUCAUAAUUAAUAUUUAUCAUAUAUUUCUUUCUUGUGAUAAUACAACAAAUUCUAUUAAAAAACCAUUAAAACAUAUUUAUCAUAAACCAACAAAUUCCUCAAGAGAAAUUCUUUCCAUUGAAUAUCAUUAUGUUCGUCAUUUAUUUGAAAAAUCAUUCGAAAGAUUAAUAAAAAAUAAAAAUAAAAUUUCUCUAUUUAAAAGUUUACUUUAUAAAAUUUAUCGACCAAAUAAAUAUUUUCAUUAUUCAAAACAAAUAUUAAAUAUAUAUAUGAUUGCAUUUAUGUUAAUAUAUUAUUUAACAUUUAAUAUUCUACAAAAUGGUUUUAAUCUGAUUGAAAAAUUUUAUAGUUUUACUAUAAUACCAUUAUUAAUUCUUUAUGAUGAACUUGAUUUACCUGAACCAAAACUAUUUAAUCUUAAAUAUGAAAUGAUUUUAUCAUGUUUUUUAACAGCAAUUAUUUAUUUUAUACAACUAUUAUUCGGAAUGAAAAAAUAUCAAAAACAUAUGCUUGAUGCUUAUAAAGGUAUUUUUAUUGAUAUUCCACCACGAUCGGCAUUUAAAAAUGUUCGAUUUAUGUUAAAAAAUAUACAUUAUCCUGGAUAUUGUAUUGCAUAUCUUACUAUUGGAUAUAUUAUUAUAGGCAAUAUGAUUUUUUUUGCUUUAAUUGCUUUACAUGUUUUAUUUAAACAUUUAUUUCUUAUUGAAGAAUUUGCAAAUAUAUUUAUACCUAUUCUUGUUAUUUAUUUAACAAUAUUUAUUAUACAAUGGUUUUUAUCAAGAACGUUCUUUUUACAAAAGUAA